AAUGGAUAUGAACGGUGGCUUGAAGAUCUCCAGCAAUAUGUUUGUGAAUGUGUGACGAAUCUGGUGAGCGAGACAGAGCCCCGCUGCAGAUGUUAAGAGAACACAACGCACGCACGCGUAGGGAAACCAGUAGGUUUGAAAACCAGUAGGGGUGUAACACCGGAACAACCCGUGGGUAAACUUGCGUGGACCGCCAUGACUUCUAAUACACAUGACUCAUGACAACGGGGCACAUGAAGCAUUUCAGUUUCAUCUGGGAUUCAACACUAUUUUUGAUAACGUGAGGUUAUUAUGCAUGUUACAUUUUCAAAUAUUACUACGGAAUAUGAGAAGUUUACCAGUUUUUGUUGUUGUAAUUGUACCAAAUAAGUGCCCCCUAAGAUGUGAAAUGGAAAGAAAACAAAUAUAUAUUAAUAGAGAUACUGUAUUUAAAAUGCCUAUGUAUGUAAUAGAUCAUAAGCAUCUUGAGUGUCUAGAAAAGUGCUAUAUAAAUUAUAAGAUGAAGCAUUUUAAACUAAAAUGUAUAGUUCAAUGUUCAUAUAUCUGUCAUUUUAAUGCUCAAACAGUCCCUGCAUGGUGUGUCGCAGACACUGCUGUCUUUUACAUAUUUAUAGGCACACAAUGCAGCUGAGCCAGCACCUUUUUUCUUAAAAACAUCACAAUAGUGAAUAGGAGACAAUAGUCUGUUGGGUUCUCGACGGGAUGCGUCCAACGUCUCUGACUGGUUCGCCGCGGCGGAUGGACAGCCGCUCUUCCUCUCGGUGCAGUGAGCACGGGCAGGUCUGAGCAUGCAGUCUUAAUGAGAUCGGUCAGGUGAGGAGCGUAUCGUUUCGCUGCCUGGACCCGGCUGCUUAGUGACCCCACACCAACAGUUCUCCUGUGCGGGUCUCGACUCCGCAACAUGACGGUCGUUCUUGAGGAGACGUGGGACGAAAAGCCACGCCACAAGCUCUCACUUCCUUCAAGUUGACAGGACCUUCCUUCUUUUAACUUUGUCCGAUGGAACGCAACCCGAGGUGGAAGAUGCAUCUCCCAGAGUUUAAACCUGGCCCGGGAUGGCCGAGUCCUACUCCCAAAGACGUGGAGAGAGGUGAGGUGGAGAGAGGGCGGGACAGAGGAGAACCGCACAAAGGUGUCACCAUGGCGCCCACGUCCAGGUGUCUGACCGGCAGACGGUACGUAACGAGGAGGCCUCUGUUUCCCGCAGAGCAACACGCCUCCAUCUUAAAGAAGACGCAUCCACAGAAGCACACAGAGAAGGAGAAACACUUGGGUGUUGGCAGCGGAGAAGACGAGCAGCAACGCGCUGACGCCAACAUCUUAACCGGACCAAGAGUGGAGCUGACCCCAGAGAGCUUCAGCCUCUCUCACAGUGACGUCUUUAGAACUGAACCGGGUUCAGCCCUGGGGGUCUCGGAUCUCGGGGCCACGCUGCGGGUCUCGGAUCUCGGGGCCAAGCUGCGCCAUGAAGAACACGCUUCUGGACACCCCGGCAGCAGAUCCGCUCAACGGAGCCUCUCCAGCUCCGCCCUGGAGGUCCAGAGACUGAGCCCACCUCGUAGGCCGCAGCUGACCUCCACUGUCCUGUAUCCUACCUACACCCCUCGCUCAGGGCACUCCACGCCAGGCCAGACCCAGGUCAGACUGAAGGGGAGGGAGAGAGGGACCUUCUCUUCCGGGGGAGACGUAAAGGGACUCCCGAUGUCCCCGCAUCAGGCGAACUACUGGGCCUGUGCCAUCCCCAAAGCUUUGCCUCCAUCUCCAGACAGACACUCUGCAGGCUGGGACCCAAACAGGGAGUACCAGGCCUUGCUGGACUACACCUACCCGCUGAGACCAGGACAGGUGGUCUGUGAGGGGGACGGCUCCAAGCUCCGGAGUGACUCCCUCCUCCAAACAGGCCGCCACCUGCAGGACUCUGGGAUCGAACUGGACCACCUCUGUAGCUCCACCAGCCUGUCGGGGUUGGACUUCUCUCUCGGCGCGGGUCACAGGUCACUUGACAAGCAGGGGUUCAACAAGUCAUCAGAAGGUCCAGACCCCAUGGAUCUGUCCCUGGACAGUUCUGACUGCAUUAGGAACGAAGGUGGAAUGAGUCUGUCUGACGGCCACUCCUCCAGCUCCGCCGCCUCCUCCCGAUGCGCCAGCGCUCUCCCGCGGCCCAGGGGUGCGUGCAGGGAAAUGGACGAGGAGUUCCGGCCCCUUCCGGAUCAACUGGAGGAGCUGCAGCUGCUGUCCAGACGGGUGAGGGAUGUGACUGCCCAGCUGAGCCGGCCUUUCACAACCAGCUGGGAGUCUUUGGAGCCAGGCGCCACCCCCACCCUGUCCCCCAUCCCGCCUGAGAAACGGGAGGCCGAAGACGAUGACGAGGAGGAGGAGGAGGAGGAGGCUACAGUCAGAGAGCUGGCUGGUGGCAAUCAAGACCCAGAUGAAGGAAAAGAUGAGAUGGGCAGAGAGGACAGGAGUGCUGCUCACACCGCUGAUCACAGGGACUCCGAGACAGUGAGGAGGACUUCUGGAGCCUGUGAGGAGCCUGGAGGAGACGGACGGGGGCCAUUCAGUCCCGGGGAGGUGGAGGUUUUGGCGGAGCAGCUGUGCGGCCUCACCCUACCCGGCGGCCGGACGAGCAGCCGGGACGACCGGGAGGGAAGUGACUCCCUGAUGCAACACAUCCAGGUCUUCGGCUCACACCUGGAGCAGCUCAUCCAGCAGCUAUACGCGGUGUCUGAGAAGAUGGAGCAGCUGGCUGCUCCCACGGUGGACAUAGACGACGUGAAGUCGUCCCUUGCUGAGUAUCAGAGUUUUCAGAGAGAGGUGAGCAGCCACCAGCCCCUGACCGCCUGUGUUCUGCACACCGGAUGGCUUCUCCUCGGCUGCAUCAACAGCACGUCUCCACUUUUGAGAGACGCCCUGCUGUUGAUCGAGAGGCGCCGCGGAGCCCUGGAGACCACCACCGAGCACUUCUUCUCCUCCAUCCUGUCCGCCAUGGACAGCCUCACCCGGCCCGGCCCGGUGCAACAGAGCAGGGGCCCUGCGGGGGCCCGGGGGGCCACUUUGUGAAGAGGCCGCACGCAGGACUCGUCUGUGACGGGUUUUAAUCCACUGACCGCGUUGUCGUUGUCUUACAUUCAUUCAAAUAAUUCUGCUUCAUAAUACAAGGCUCUCACUUAUGCGUCUUAUAUUUUCAACAUGUUCGGGUCAUGUGUGCCGGUCGGGUUUGAUAGUAUUAACGUCUGCUUGAUUCUUGCUCUCCAUUACGACGAGAAAUCAGUAGGGAAACUGUUUAGCGUCUACACUGAACCGACCACAGUGAUUGACAAUGCAUGGCAAAUGUUCUAUCAUACUUUUGUUUACUCAUGAUUACAAUCGCCAUUGCUAAUUCUGUAACUUCUAAUGGACACAGGAAAAACAGUUUGAACAUGUUGAGUGGAAUGAUGGGUGUUUAUUUUAUUACUUUGUCUAUUUCAUCUGAAGAUUUCUCCUAAAAUCACCAAAAGAUACCAUUUGAUGAUUCCUGAUUUGCCUAUUUAAAUACAAUUCAAUUCAGUGUAUUUUGUAUAGCCCAAUAUCACAAAUUACUAAUUUGCCUCAGAGGGCUUUACAAUCUACACAUACGACAUCCCUGACCUUUAACCUCAAAUCGGAUCAGGAAAAACUCCCAAAAAAUAGAAAAAAACCUUUCACAUGGAAAAAAGGGAAGAAACCUUCUUCAACGUGUAAUACAACGAACGUCUUAAUGGAAGCAAUUAACAAGGAAAGCUUCACGGUGAUAUUUAUUAGUACAUUUUCUUGCCCUAUUCACCUCUAGUGUCUUCAAAAUGUCAUUUUACAUCCUCCAGCCUCCACUUCUGGGGCACUUACCAAAAAGUUCCAUUCCGAUCUUUAUUCUGAAGGUUUUGGUUUCAGAUGUUUUUGUUCCUACAUCACUUGUGUUACGGAAUUAAAGAAUAUUGUAUUUCAAAAAACAUUGGUAGCUUUAAAGUCAAAAUAAGAACAUGGUAAUAAUGAAUUAUUACCAAUUUAGAUUGAACUUUUAGCGAUUGUAUCAUUUCUAUCAACACAUUUUUUUUUUUUAAUGGAUAACUAUUGUGGUGGCCAAUCCAUAUUUGAGGACACGAACAGCUCUGUGCCUGCAUCGCUCAGGUAUCAAUGACUUUGUAAUGUGUUCUUAUCAGCUGGUUUAACAGGACCGGUGGCCACCUCCCACCUGUCCAACAUUACACCCAUAUCCUUUUGAGACAUUUUCACUCAUUCCAAUGUCAUGUGUUAAGGUAACAAAUAUGUUGAAGGCUCAGCUCACCCUGCGGCUAGAACUCUAUGACGUUGCUGCCUCCACCACAAAAAUAUGUACAUGAUUGGAAGUUAGUUUGUGGUUCCCAUGGCAUUGCCAAAUGAUCCACCAUGUGAUUUAUUUCACUCAUAUCCCCUUUGGUUUUGUCUCAUUGUCUCAUUAAAUCAAGCAGUGUUUUUAAAUCGUG